CAUUCCCCUACGUGAAGAGUUAUCUAUCUUUGUUUUCCUUCAGUCACUCAGGAAAGUACCAGCCCGACCUGCCUCCUGUCCUGGACAGCUACAGAGGAACACAGAGCAGAACACAGACAUAAAGACAUCCUCGUCGGAUACAGACGCAACACACACACAGCAGUGUUCUGAGGUUUCACAGCAGAGGAAGCCAAGAGGACAAACACACACAGCGGCUCCAUCUCUCUCUCUUCCUGCACGCCCUCUGCUGCAUCUCAGGGGACUGAGGUUGCUCUACCCGUGCCUCCCCCCCCCCCACGGCCGGACGUUGCAGAUUGAUGAUGCCGCAGCAGUCAAUGGAUCGCUGUGAGGUUUCAGAGAACUGCCACCAUCAUAGCCCGGGGGCCCAGGGGAGCCAGCGGCGCCUGGUCAGUGGACUCCUUCUCUGGGUCGGUCUUCUCACCGUCAGCCACGUGGUCUCCAUCACCCUACUCGUCAUCACCAGGCCACAUGCACUGCCUCUGCCAGAAAUAGUUUCAGCUCCAAAACCCACAGCAGACUCAUCUCUGAGUAUACCUCUGGAGUCACAAAGAGUGCCAUGGCAAAUGCUCACCUUUGAACCCACAAGUAUAGACGAUAAUGAUGUCUCGGUGGCGAGAAGUGGGAUCAAGUGGAAGACUCAGUCCAAGGCGAAUAAUUUUGUCUCCCUAAAGGGCGGAUCCCUGACCAUCAACCAGGAUGGUUGUUACUUCCUGUAUCUUCAGGUGACUCUGGAGACACCAGAGGUGUCUGGACAGCACAUAGUGAGAGUGAACAAGCCCAACAGAGUCCUGCUGGAAGUAAGGAUGACCAACACCUCCCUCAGCACAGGGUUCCUGGGCAGGGCUGUGGAUCUAGCAGCCUCUGACACCCUCACAGUCACUGUCUCCCCUGGUGCCAGGAUCAACACCAGCUACACCGCCACAUACCUGGGCAUCAUAGGUCCAAAAUUAUAUCUGUAGAUUCUAUUGGAUAUAGACACUCCUGUCUUCAUAGACACAUGCUGGGGGCUAGAACUGGGAGUCAUUUGGUAGGGGUUGAUUGAAUAGAUCCUGGGGAUCUGGAGUUAACUGGGAUCAACCAAUCAUCCCACCAUCUGUCAGAGAGAUGGAGAAGUGGGGAAGAUCAUGUGGGAGACACGGUAUAUUUACUGAAAAUGAUUCAGUCCGACUCCCUGCUCAUCACAGAAGAUUAUUCCACUCCUUUAUCCUCUACCUAGCCUUCCAACUGGUUUUGAGCUGCAAGGAUUUUCUUUCCAGAAUUCUACUGAUUUUUUUUAUUUGAUUUUUAUUUAACUAGGCAAGUCAGUUAAGAACAAAUUCUUAUUUUCAAUGAGGGCCAACCAAAAUGCAAAAGGCCUCCUGCAGGGAAGGGGGAUUAUAAAUGAUAAUAUAAUAAUAAUAUAAUAUAAUAAUGCGUCUUGUAAUGUUGGAAAAAUAUGUUUAAAAGUAUUCGUCAUUAUGGGUUGUACUGUUACUUUAGCAUGUUUCUCUCUUGGAUGAAGUAGCACUGUUUUUAUUGCUCAGGAUUAUAGUUAGUAUGUUUUUUUCCAGUAAAUAUUGUUUUUUAAGCUUUGAAUGAGGGGAUUGUCUUAUCAAGUCAUGUGCACAGGGUUGUUGAGAGAAUGCACAGUAUCACCAUAUCUUUAAUGUUUACUUUCAUAUUUUCGUAUUGCUUUGUAUUUAAAAUAUUUGUUUUUUACCUAUUUAUGUCUUAUUACAAUAUUAUCUUAUUAUUAUUUUCUUCUUAUUUAUUUUCUACAUCUAUUUUGAAGGGCAUGUUGAGUAUGUUGUAGGAUGAGAUGUAGAGAUAAUCAAUGAAUGUAUGUAUGUCACUAAUCAGGUUUCCAUUCAAUCGUUUUAUGCCAGUAAAGUACGUCUGGUAAAACAUUUAAUGACAGCCCUGAUGGAAACAGAAUGUUUCGGUAAACCUUCCAAAUGUAGACAAAACAAAGUACGCUACGGUAAAGUACGGUAAGACGGUAAAACACGGUAAAAGUACGGUAAAACACCUUCAUGCCCAAAUAUUGAUGUAAUAACCAUCAUAUCGAAGUAAACUUGGAGUCACGCCACUACGACUCGGGAAAGCAUGCAGUUUAUUGGCUACAGAUUAAAUACAUUAUGAUGAACUUUUCAAUAAAUAUCGAGGGUCUUCUUCUGGCGAUGAUGAUCGAUUCUUAAUAAUCGCAUUAUGUUGGUAUAUCAAAUGUAUUUAUAAAGCCCUUCUUACAUCAGCUGAUAUCUCAAAGUGCUGUACAGAAACCCAGCCUGAAACCCCAAACAGCAAGCAAUUGUCAUGCAGGUGA